AUGGGUGUGGAGCCAAAGGGGGCAGAACGAGACAAGUCCAGUCUGGCCAGCAAGGUGGAGGACCUGCAGCUCCAGCUAGUGAUGUCCAAACAGGCUCUCAGUCAGCAGGCGGACAAAGUGGGAUCUCUCACCCAGCAGCUGGAGGAGGUGCAGAGCAGCCAGCGACCCAACGGCGGAGAAGAAGACAAAGGAAACGGAGACGAAGCACAGUUUGAUUAUGAGGUGGACACCAAGAGCAAGGAGGUGCUGGAGUCCCGCAUGCGCUCCGCCAGCGACGACCUCCUGAAGCUGAGAGACGAACUGUCUCAGGCGGGGACGCGUUACAACACCCUGGAGCACCGAUACAAGCAGGAGAAGGACCGCUGGAGGGCCGAGGCUCAGGACCUGGCCGACAAGAUCCGCCUUUGCAUCAAAUCCAGCAAGCAGGACGAGGACCGCAUCAGUGAGCUGCAGAAGGAGAUCGGAGCCACGCGGAAAGUGGCCAUCGAUUCAGAAGGGCACCUGAGCGUCGCCCAGGAAGAGCUGCUGGCUUUCUCCGAGGAGCUGUCCAACCUCUAUCAUCACAUCUGCGUGUGCAACAACCUGACGCCCAAACGAGUCACGCUGGAUUUUUACCGGGAAGCACGGAGAGCUCACCUCAUCUACCCCCAGCACGGCGCCCAGAAGAAGCCGCGAGCGAACGACAUGUUCAACUCCAAAGCCUCGGUGCUGCAGUUCAUGGGGGAGGUGGACAGCGCGGGAACCAGCACGGACUCUCCCGCAUGUCCUGGAUCCCCUACCCUGGACUUCAGGGACCCUUCAAAUGUCUGCAACUUGGUAGCCGUCAUCCGGUGCCAGAUCAAACACCUCCGGGUGGCGGUGGACCUGUGCCGUCAGAGGGGCGCGAUGCCGUACUCGGGGUUCAGCGACAGCGGAGAGUCGGAGCGAGACGCUGAGAGCCUCAUGGAGGAAGUCCUGAAACUCAAGUCUCUCCUCAGCACCAAGAGAGAACAGAUCGCUACCCUCAGGACCGUGCUGAAGGCCAACAAACAGCUGUUUGAUGAAAUCACCAUCACAGUCGGACUGAAGGAUGUCCUGGUUCCCAUUUUCUACAGGAACUCUCAUUACUCUGUUCGCUGGUUGGUCCCUGUCAGAUCCAUCUGCUAUAACUGA